CGGCUCUGGGCGGGGCCAGCGCGCCUCUGGGUCCUUCCCCGGUCGCCGGCGCCCUCGGUCCGGGUCAUUCAGGACAUGCUGCCCGACUGCCUGUCCGCGGAGGGCGAACGGCGCUGCCGGCGGCUGCUGGCGGGGACCACGGCUCGCCUCCGCUCGCGGCCUGCAGCGGCCGCGGUGCUUGUGCCGCUGUGCCUGGUGCGCGGGGCCCCGGCGCUGCUCUACACGCUGCGCUCCAGCCGCCUGGCCGGGAGGCACCGGGGGGACGUCAGUUUCCCAGGCGGUAAGUGUGAUCCUGCUGAUCAAGAUGUGAUACACACAGCCCUGCGGGAGACUCGGGAGGAGCUGGGCCUGGAAGUGCCUGAGGAGCAGGUGUGGGGUGUCCUGCAGCCUGUGUAUGACCGGGAAAAGGCCACCAUAGUACCUGUGCUUGCCAGUGUGGGCCCACUGGAUCUGCAGAGCCUCAGGCCCAACCCCAAGGAGGUGGAUGAGGUGUUUGAGUUGCCACUGGCCCACCUGCUGCAGACACAGAAUCAGGGCUAUACCCACUUCUGCAAGCAUGGCCACUUCCGCUACACACUGCCCGUCUUUCUGCAUGGACCACACCGAGUCUGGGGAAUCACAGCUGUCAUCACUGAGUUCACCCUGAAGCUGCUGGCCCCUGGUGUCUACCAGCCCUUCCUAGCCGGCCCCGAGUUGCCCAGGGGUUGAGGCCUGGCCCUCCCACGUCUUUGCCUUCACAUGGCCACUCCAGGACUGAUUAAAGAGUCUGUGACAACUUA